GAAGGGCCGGGGCGGGCAGCGGGCGACGCGGCGGAAUGUCUCCCCUCCGCCGAGGCCCACGCGGAGAGCGGGAAGUGGGGGGUGAGGGGCCCGGGGAGAUGGACAGGCACCCUGCCCCCCUCCCCGACCGCCGCAUUCCAGGCUGGAGCCGCAGAUGAGGUCAUCCCGUCCGGUUCCCCUCCGGCCAAGACAGCCGGUCGUCCCCUUCCCCCGCGGAGCGACCCUCCGCGUCCUGAGCCCCGUCCCCCCAGGGAAUGUUGGAUGGCCGAAGUCCUUCCCGGACUUCCAAUCCCGGCCGCCCUCUAGAUUGUUCUGCCUUUGCCCCAGCCGUGCCAGACCCGCAACAUUCGAAGCCCUUUUCCUAGACCGGGAAACUGAGGCUUACAGAGUACGGGGGACUGGCCGGGAGGCCGCAGCGGCACUAAACGUGGCGCGGGGACCCGAGACGCGGCCCGCAGCCGCUCCGCCUCGCUCGGUCCAGGGCUGGUUCGGCUCUAACUCGGGGCGGUGGGCACGAAGCGCGUCUCCUUUCCACUUUCCCCGUCGCUCCCUAAUGGCCCACGGUGCCCCCCUUGGAAUACGGAGGACCGGGUCCCCUAGCGCGACUGCGAACAACUAGCUACCCCGUUCUGGCCUCAGUUUCCCCGUCUCUCCACCUUGAAGCGUCUGGACUUUGAGGAGCAGGAGAAGCCAGCCGCCCGGUUUAACCCCUUAUCCCAGGGACCACAGCAGGUUUGGGGGAGCUGCCAUAACCAUGACCGGGACCCGCUGUCCAGCGGUGGGGGGGCGUCACCCAGCUGGAUGCCCGCAGGAAGUGGGCUGUGUGCACCCGAGCAGUGGCCUCCAGGAUGAGACGUGGGCCCCUGGCCAGCACUGCGGCCUGCGGGUGACCCCCAGGUCUCCACCUCUGGGCAGGAGAGUUGCCGACCACCUCGGGGGUGCUUUCUCUGCGCUUGAACAUCUAUAGCUGCUUCUGAGGGGCUGGGAGCCGGGCCCCUGGGAGAGACAAGCCAUGAACCCCCCACAGCCUCAGCAUUUGGGGACCUCACCUUAGGAGAGUGCCAUUUACAGCUUCCGCCAGGGCAAAGGAGCUGAGCAGCCAUCCCAAGCCCAGCCCACCUCCCUCCCCCGGCCCCUGGUAGGCAUGGACUAGCAGCUGUGAGCAGCCAGAGCUGAUGCCCGGCCCCCAGGGGGGCAGAGGCACCCCCACCAUGAGCCUGGGCAAGCUCUCGCCUGUGGGCUGGGUGUCCAGUUCACAGGGAAAGAGGCGGCUGACUGCAGACAUGAUCAGCCACCCACUCGGGGACUUCCGCCACACCAUGCAUGUGGGCCGCGGCGGGGAUGUCUUCGGGGACACGUCCUUCCUCAGCAACCACGGUGGCAGCUCCGGGAGCACCCAUCGCUCACCCCGCAGCUUCCUGGCCAAGAAGCUGCAGCUGGUGCGGAGGGUGGGGGCGCCCCCCCGGAGGAUGGCAUCUCCCCCUGCACCCUCACCGGCUCCGCCGGCCAUCUCCCCCAUCAUCAAGAACGCCAUCUCCCUGCCCCAGCUCAACCAGGCCGCCUACGACAGCCUCGUGGUUGGCAAGCUCAGCUUCGACAGCAGCCCCACCAGCUCCACAGACGGCCACUCCAGCUACGGCCUGGACUCUGGGUUCUGCACCAUCUCCCGCCUGCCCCGCUCGGAAAAGCCGCAAGACCGAGACCGGGAUGGUUCCUUCCCCUCUGAGCCCGGGCUUCGCCGCUCUGACUCUCUCUUGUCCUUCCGCCUGGACCUCGACCUUGGGCCCUCGCUCCUCAGCGAGCUGCUAGGGGUCAUGAGCCUCCCAGAAGCCCCUGCAGCUGAGACUCCAGCCCCCGCUGCAAACCCCCCAGCCCCUACUGCAAACCCCACGGGUCCUGCUGCAAACCCCCCAGCCACUACUGCAAACCCCCCAGCGCCUGCUGCAAACCCCUCAGCACCUGCCGCAACCCCCACGGGUCCUGCUGCAAAUCCCCCAGCCCCUGCCGCAAGCUCCACACCCCAUGGACACUGUCCCAAUGGGGUAACAGCUGGGUUGGGCCCAGUGGCUGAGGUGAAGGCCAGCCCAGUGGGAGGGGGUCCCCGAGGACCUGCUGGCCCUGCCCUCGGCAGGCACUGGGGAGCAGGCUGGGAUGGUGGCCGCCACUACCCAGAGAUGGAUGCGCGGCAGGAGCGGGUGGAGGUGCUGCCCCAAGCCCGGGCCUCCUGGGAGAGCCUGGACGAAGAGUGGAGGGCGCCCCAGGCAGGCAGCAGGACCCCGGUGCCCAGCACAGUGCAAGCAAACACCUUUGAAUUUGCGGAUGCUGAGGAGGAUGAUGAGGUCAAGGUGUGAGGGGCUGGGGCAUGGUCCCAGGGCCCCACCUAGGUGCAGAGCCGGCCCCUCACCUAACAGCUGGUUCCUACCAGACCGGAGAGGGGAGAAGUCGUGUUGCCCCUAAACCCCUCCCCACCUCUGCAGGACAGACAUGGGAGGGAGGACAGGGAAGGCCAGGCUUGCUCUGGGACUUUUAUGCUCCCAGAGGCCCUGCCAAACUGACCACCUCCCCCGACUGCCACUCUGGACCUAAUAGCUGUUCCUUAGGCCCCACUCCAUGCCACCCCCACCAGCUGGAGGACCCAGCCUCACAGUGUGUCCUUUGUGCCGGACCAAGCGGCCCGUGGGGGGUGGGGGGCAGGGAGUGUACCACACAGGGCCAUUGUCUCACCUCCCAAAGGGACCGCCUGCCCCCAGCUCAUCCCAGAGCGUCCCUGCUGCAACCCUGACAGCCGUCUCCCAGGCCGCUUCCCCAACAUCCCCGCCCCAGCCUCCCUCUUACCCCAGAAAGGUCAGGUAUGACCUCCCGGGGAGGAAUCCCACCUGCCUGUAUACCCCAGACUUGCCUCUGGGGCCUGAUUAAAUAAGGCUGUUUUGAUAAAA